CUCCGUGGGCUGUUCCGGAUGUUACGCCUCCCUCCCUCCAUUCUGCUGAUCCUCUUAUCUCCGAGCAGGCGACUAAGAUGGAUAUUGUAAACCAGUUGGUCGCCACCGGGCAAUUCACCAUCAUUAAACAGCCACUGGGGUUUAUAAAGAUCCUAGAAUGGGUGUUUGCGAUCUUUGCGUUCUCCACAUGUGGCAGUUACUCCGGGAUGUUCAAGAUGAGUGUGGAGUGCAAAAACAGGACCGAGAGCGACCUCAGCAUCGAGGUGGAGUUUGAGUACCCAUUCAGGCUCCACCAAGUGUACUUUGAUGCCCCGACAUGUAAGGGGGGUAACCCAGAGCGCCUUUUCCUUGUGGGUGACUACUCCUCCUCGGCAGAGUUCUUCGUCACCAUUGGGGUCUUCUCCUUCCUGUACUCCUUGGCAGCCUUGGCUGUUUACCUCUUCUGCCUGGAAAAGUACCGCGAGAACAACAAGGGGCCUCAGAUUGAUUUCGGCGUAACGUGCGUGUUCACGUUCAUGUGGCUGGUGAGCUCGGCUGCCUGGGCCAAGGGCCUCUCCGACGUCAAAACGGCCACCGACCCGGAGCGAGUCAUCACCUUCAUCUCCGCCUGCGAGCGGGAGGAGAACCGCUGCCGCGAGGUCCACGACCCCGUCGUGUCCGGACUCAACACCUCUGUCGUGUUUGGAUUCCUCAACCUGAUCCUGUGGGGGGGCAACCUGUGGUUUGUGUUCAAGGAGACAGGCUGGCUGGCUGCCUUCACGCACUACCCACCACCCUCACAGGAGAAGCAGCCUGCCCCGGAGUCCUUCGGCCAGCCAGGGGGCUACGGGCAGGAGGGCUACGGCCAGCAGGACCCCUACGCCGGAUCUCAGGGGGGUUACCAGCCCGAUUACGGCCAGCAGGGCGGGGGAUAUGAGGGCGGGGACUACGGGCAGGGCUACGGCCAGGGUGGACCCACCUCCUUCGCCAAUCAGAUGUGAGUCCGGAGGUGGAGCAGCGAGAGGAGGAUG